CUGAAGAAGGACUAGGCUGGUGAUGAGCGGCUUUAAUAGAGGAAUUUGAAGAUCCUUAAGCCUCUUUCCUUUGUUUCCUGAGAUUUCUAAGGCCAGACAUCAGUCCUGGAGUGUGGUGACCCUGGAAAGCUCUUCGGCUCUGGAGUAGGUCAGUUCUGGGCUGGAAUCCUGUCUCUGCCGCUUACAGCCAGUUUGUGACAGGAGUGUUCACAUUCCCGCUUGAAAGUGAAAGUCCAGAAAAUAUUCACGGGUUGGAACCUUGACUUUCUCAUCCAUCUCAGCUCUAUCACAGAUCUGCUUUGCUGUUUUCUUUUGGCGGUGGCAGUCUCUCUGGUGGUCAUUAUAAUUGCAGUUUACUGCCAACAAAAACAAGAGCACCAUAUUAGGACUACUGGUCUUAUUCUGUACUUGAUCGUAUUAACAGCCUCAUUUCUCAACCAAACCAACCUUAGAACCAUUACCAGCUCACAGGAUCCAUUAUCACCUAGAGCCCAUUUGCUACAGCUUUCAGUAAUAUUUAUCUACUCAGGAGAUCACUGAGGCAUGGAGUCCACAUCAAUCCCCAUGUUGGUUGCUGGACUUGUUGAUUGUGUAGCCCAGUUAAUAAGAAUAGCUGAAGAGCUUUUACAGCUGAUUUCACAGGAACAAGUUCCUUGUGCAGAGCAGAAUGAUAGAGCAGAAGAGAUAGAAGUGGAUGCAUCUUCUCCUGAGGAGGCUUCGCUCCCAGACCUUGCUGAUUUCUCAGACUUAGAGUCAAUACUUCUACCAAGAGAAGACGAAGACCUAGUCCUUGACAUAGAUCAAGCGAUGGUAGACAUAGAAGACUUAUAUGAAGAUGUACUCUCCAGUAUAAAUGAUGACCUAAGAAGUGGUUAAGACCAAAUUUGCCCCCAGCAGCAUGUGAAAACUGAUAGUUUUUCUGUUUUAAAUAGAUUCUGAUUUUUCUGAGUGUUAACAAUGUUUUCUCCUAUUUCUGUACAUUUUCCUUACUAACACCUUAUAGAACAAGUUAAUACUAGAUUUACUUCUAGUAGAAGCUAGUCUCUUUUCUUCUUUGUAUUUCUUUUAAAAGCUUUUAGUUCUGUACAUUUUCCUUACUAACACCUUAUAGAACAAGUUAAUACUAGAUUUACUUCCAGUAGAAGCUGGUCUCUUUUCUUCUUUAUAUUUCUUUUAAAAGCUGCGACUUUAGCCUUUCUCUACCUGUUCUUGUUCUUCUGUUGGGUUUUCUAAUAACAGAAGCAAAUGAUACUAAAAAAAGAAACUCCUCACCUAACAACGGAGUUAAGACCUCAUGGACUCUGUCAGGAGUUGGAACCCAAUGUCAUUGUUCUGCAAGUGGAAACCAAAAGGGGAAUAUUCCCCAAGAUGGUAUUAUAAUGAAUACAUCACGUUGACAGGACAGCAUUGGGACACUUUUACUUGAAAAGACAGAACUCCUCACUAGGCCUUUAGGGAGAGGAUUUGUCAACCAAAGGAUGUUAGGGGAAGCAAUUUUGAAAAAGCACCAUCUAUCAGAUAAUACAACUGUUUUUUGGAUAACUUUUGCCAGGGAAACCUUUGAGAAAGCUGAGGUGAAGAAGUUCCAAUACAGGACUAUUCCCUCAAAUGAUGACCCACACUACAACUAGUCUUCAGUAUUGUUCCACAAAUGGAAAGGAGAAAUUAUAUCAAAUAACAAUGAGGGUGGUACUAAUACUAGCAGGUCUAAACAAAGCCCCAGGAAGACUGUUCACCAAUGCAGUCAAACCCUUUGUGGCAUAGGCUCAGACAUGACAGUCCACAAAUAGAAAUGGAUAAAGUAUGUCUUCUUGGGUAUAGCUAGAUUUAUAAAGAAUAGCUGAUAGGCCUAUUAGAGUGAACCUGCUGCCACUUUGACAUAAAAAUCUGAACUAUUGACAUAUGGCAGCAAUAAUGAAUUUGAAUAAAAUAUGGAUUGGUAUUUAGCCCUAAUAAUUCUACAAAUACCAGAAGUCUAAAAUGCAAUAGUUGGAGGACUCCUCUACCCAUAUUAAAAUAGAAAGAGACCCAAUAAAUGUGUGGGAAGUUCACUGCUCUUAAUAAUUCCAUGCCAUAUAGUAAUCUUGCUUCCAUUUAGACAAGCCCAUGGACACGAUGGUCCUCCUUCCUAGAGAAUGGCCUUUGCAUCUUACAACAUGGGCAACAACUAGGUAAGGCAUAGUAGUAGUUACGAUAGAUUGGUGCAUUCAUAUUGUGAAGAAAUGAUAAGUAGAAGUUAAUCCACUCUGGUGAAAACCAGACUAUACCCAAUUUGUAUAGAGUCCUAAGGCAUAUUAUUAGCAAAAAGAUUAAAAAUAUACUGAAUACAGAUAGCUUCAGAACUAACCAACAUGACAGAUGCUGCAUCUAAUCCUAAGUGAGGUCUACAUACAGGGAUAAUUAGCUACUUUUAAAGGUAAAUGUGGGGGAAGUUAGAGAUCCAAUGUGGAUAAGCAGUAGCAAGAGAAACAUAAGUUAGUUUUGUCACUGAAUUUCAGGUUGAGUAUACAUAACAAAUUAAAGAAAAAGACUGCUGUAUUAAAAAAAAAACUACCACAUAUCUUUCUGAAAAUGAGAGGAACUUAAGGGAGAUACUCAAACAUGUUAUGAUACUGUUCCACAAUAGACCGCUACAUGGAGUAGAUGAGGAUCCAGGACACUUAGACCAGUGCCCAAAGACACAAAGAGGAGAAAUAAAAUUUCUGUCACCAGGAAAUUACUGUGGGUAAUUACAAGCCAGACCAGAUAGCAGGUUAAGGGACUUUACUGCUGUACUAAUUGGACAAAUCAAGCCUUACUUUCCUAGGGUAGGGGACUCUACCUGUUGUGGUAUGUCCAAAAUGGCAAAUAAGAGAUGCGGUGCAAAGGCACUAUGUGAAAUUAACUAAAAUAUAGCACUGGGAAAGCAAGAAGAAAUGGUUUAUCCCACCAUUCCAUUUGGAGCAGUUUUAUAAGGAGGACUAGUGACCACAGUUAAACAAGGAAAUCUGUACAUGUAGCAACCAAGAAGAAUCACAGAGGAAUUGGAUAGAAGUUAAAAGAAUCUAUGCUUUAAUUAAAAGUUUGGAAACAGCUGGGAAAGAUAUAUACUCUCCACUAGGAAUUUGGACUCUAGGAAAUUGGCUUUAAUUUUGUGUCAGAAUAAAACCCAGGGCAGGAGUACUUGGGCAAGAUCAGGAAACAUCCAAGGACAGACCAUCAAUCUGCUACAAAUUCUAUUCAGCAAGUAAUUUCACUGUAGAUGGACAGUUCUGGUGCUCCUCAAAUACGAUUGAUACCAACGGUAGCUAUUCCUCUAUGUAGAACUCUGGAAUAUAUACUUCAUAACAAUUCCACAAUGGAUUAGUAUGAGUUCAUUAAAUCUGUUACUAUUAGAGAAUUCAAGCAAGCAUACUAACUAAAGGUGACCAUCAAAAUACAUCAAGAGAAAUCUGUGUUGGGCGCCUGGGUGGCUCAGUGGGUUAAGCCGCUGCCUUCGGCUCAGGUCAU